AUGUCAACAUUACACGAAACCCAUGAUGCUAGUGGACGACAGCUACCGACGUACUCACAACAGGCUGAAUGGGAGCGCUCCGAUACGUACCACAACUCGUUUCUCAUCAAACCAGACGAAGAUCUCUCUGGGGCACUGACGAGGAGUGUUGCUGAGGGACUCCCAGAUAUUGCUGUAAGUGAGGCCCAGGGCAAAUUCCUAUUCCUCUUGUGCAAGAGUAUUGGUGCCAAACGAGUCCUUGAAGUUGGAACACUUGGAGGAUACUCCACCAUCUGGAUGGCAAAGGCGCUACCCGCUGACGGAUAUAUUAUCACGCACGAGCUAUACGCAGAACAUGCCGCUGUUGCCACGGAAAACUUCAAGCAAGCAGGACUUUCUUCCAAGAUUCGCGUUGUUCAAGGUCCGGCAAUCGACAAUUUGCAUAAAAUCCCUUCGUCCGAGCCCUUUGACUUGGUUUUCAUUGACGCCGACAAGACGAACAAUGCAAAUUAUUUCAGAGAGGCCGAGCGACUCGUGAGACCUGGAGGGGUCAUUAUCAUGAGGCCGUCGAAGGUACAAGGGGUUGUUACGCUACAUCAAGGGCAACAAAGGCGUGGAAGCAACGACUAUGGCGACGGUCGGCACUAA